UGUUUAUGGGUUGUUAGAUCAAUAGUCACAAUCACUAGACGUGAGCUGAGGCUCUGUUUUUUCCCCUAUCUGUGUCUAUCUCUUCCUGUUUCCUAAGGGCCGCCACUGUGACAUUAAGUGAUGCAUAGAGAACCGUGUACUUCCUAUUUGUGAGCCAGCCUGGGUUUCAUCUCUGCUUGAGUCUCCUCCAUGCUGCUCAAAAUGGUACUUUUUCUCAGUUAAAUACAGAGUUGAUUCAAAGGCCAAGCAAUGGGGGAGCCAUCCUCUUUUGCUUUAUUUUCUAAGACAUAGGGAGCAUCUCUCUCUCCCUCUGUCCUUCGAGAUGCUGCCUGCAGAGUGGGGACCGGUGGAAGAUGUCUCAGACACCUUCUCAGCAAAGAGUCACAAACUCCCUACACGCAGUGGGAGGAAGGCGCGUGAACCCCUGGCUUCUUGGGGUGGCCAGCGCACGCGUCUUUUCUGGAACCAUGGGUGUCUUCUCGGUUUCCGGCUAGGUCACUCGUGUUUGAGUCGGAGCAUCGUUGGCCAAAGAUCGUCACUCUUCGUAAAGGUCGCCAGGCAUCCUGGGCCACCCGGAUGAUGCAGGAUGGAGGUGCCAGAACUCACUCGCCCUGCCUCGCCUGCCCGGGACCAGCCGGCUCCUGCCCCUGGACGCCCAGGAGCCUCAGGUGGGCAGGUCUCGCCUCACCUGACCCUGGGCCCCGUCAUUCUGUCACCGGAGCAGGGUCUGGCCCCCGCCGUGUUCCUGAAGGCCCUGCCCAUCCCGCUGUACCACACGGGGCCCCCGGGGGGCCUCCAGCCACGAGCCCCCCUGGUGACGGGCAGCCUGGAUGGGGGCGGCGGACCCUUUAUCCUCAGCCCCCUGCCGCAGCCCGAAGGCCCCGGCCCCGCCCAGGCGGGGAAGCCGGCAGCCCCGACCCUCACCGUGAACAUCGUGGGCACGCUGCCCGUCCUGUCGCCGGGCCUGGGGCCCACGCUGGGCAGCCCGGGGAAGGUACGGAACGCCGGCAAGUACCUCUGCCCACACUGUGGCCGCGACUGCCUGAAGCCCAGCGUUCUGGAGAAGCACAUCCGGUCCCACACGGGCGAGAGGCCCUUCCCGUGUGCCACCUGCGGCAUCGCCUUUAAGACCCAGAGCAACCUGUACAAGCACAGGCGCACCCAGACGCACCUCAACCACUCCCGGCUGUCUUCGGAGUCUGAGGGAGGGGGCGGCAGCCUCCCGGAGGAGGGGGACGGGGCCGGAGAGAGCUCCAGGGCAGCGGGCGCAGGGGACGGCUGGAGCCAGAGCCGAUCCGGGAGGCCCCUCUCUCCAGGCGCCCAGGGUGCCGGGCGCUGCCCGGUGCCAGCCACGCACCCGUCUUCUGUCACUAAGACCCCGGGUCUGAAGUUGGAAGCCGUUCCCCGUCCGGGGUCCGCACCAGCCGACAGAGAGACCCCCGUGGACUCUGCCCACGCGGCCUCCCCCGCGCGCACCCUGGCCGGCGGCGCCCAGCCGAGGCGGAAGUCGCCAGAGCAGCCGUCCCCGACCGCCGGCCCGCCGUGCGCCCCGCGGCAGCAGGCGGCGCCGUCCUCGGAGAAAGCCCGGGACGUCAGGGCCUCGGCGGGCCGGCUGAGGAAGUGUGAGAGCACGGACUCGGGCUACCUGUCCCGCUCGGACAGCGCGGAGCAGCCGCCGGCCCCCGGCAGCCCCCUGCGUGGCCUGUCGGAGGGGGGGGCGGCCCCGGGCCCGCGGCUGGAGCGGCAGCUGGAACAGCGCAUCGCCUGGCUCAUCUCUCACAACCAGGCCGUGGUGGACGACUCCCAGCUGGACAACGUGCGGCCCCGUAAGACGGUCCUGUGCAAGCAGGGCAGCAUCGACCUGCCCAUGCCCUACACCUACAAGGACUCCUUCCACUUCGACAUCCGGGCGCUGCCCUCCGGCCGGAGGAAGCCCGCCGCCCUGGGCCCGGCCCGCUCUACCUUCACACCCCCCGACGAGGCGCGCCCGGUCUUCUUCCACUCCGUCCCCACCCAGCUCUCCUCCACCGUGGCGUGCGUGCCCAUCACCAGGAGCAACUCGCUGCCCUUCGUCGAGGGCACGGGAACGUGGCAGGAGCCGCCGGACCCGCGGGACGCCGGUGCCCGGAGGCAGAAGCCUCUGAGCCCCAGGCCCGCCCCUGCCCGGCCGGCGGACGUCCCCGGCGGUCACCCCCGGGCCCUGGUCAGACAGGCGGCCGUGGAGGACCCGCCGUGUCCCCUCACCGGAGACGGCCCGGCCCCCACAGAGGACCUGGAUGGAAGCAGAGCGGCUGCGGGGGAGGGGGCGGCCAGCAGGGGCGGAGCAGCCGGGAAGAAGUGCGGCCAGAGGCCGCUGAAGAUGUUCUCCCAGGACAAGUGGCAGGUGUAUGGGAAAGAGACAUUCAAGAGAAUCUACCAGAAAAUGAAAACCAGCUACCACGGAGGCAAGAAGGCACGGGAGGGGACGGUGGGGAGUGGGACAGAGCUAGGCCGUCCUCUCCAGGAAGAGGUAGCAGGGGACGAGGGCACCGCCCCAUCGCAGGGCGGGCGGACCCCUGUCCGUGGAGAUGUGUCUGUGGGGACCCAGCCGGGGCCUUGGGGACGUCCGCUGGCCCAGGAGGGCUUGCCGGUGAUGGAUCCAGCCACGGAGGGGGAGACGGCGGCCAGAGCAGGAGGCAGGGACCAGCCCAGGGUGAACGGGGCCACCUUACCCUCCACCCUCAGCUGCAGAGAACCCCCCUGUUCGGGCAGCAAGAGCCCUCUGCUUCCUCCAAAUGGGAGGCUGGAGCUGGGGACUCAGCGGCCCGUAGCACCUGGUCCCCUCAAGGGAGGUACCCUAGAGGCUCCCGUGCCGGUUUCGGCAGACCCUAACCUGGAAGGAGGCACCCGUGGUGGGGGCGGCAAGGAGACCUGCCAGCAGGCCCCAGCGGUGUCGAGGCAACCCAGCGGGGGCACCGGGGAGCCCCAGCCUUCAGAGGACAAGCUCCCAUCGGAGAGAAAGAAGCUGAAGGUCGAGAAGCUGAGCUGCCAGGAGCCGCCAGAGCCCGUGGGAGCAGAAGGAGAGACCCCGAGUGGCCCCGCGCAGGCCACCUCCCCGCCAUCUCAGAACCAGGACGGGGAUCCCGGGGACAAGCUGGGAGAGCCGCGCGGGGGUGCUGAUGGCGUGGCGGGGGGCAGGGCUGGGGAGCCAGCAAAGCCGUCGGAAGUUUGUGGCGUCUCCUCUGCUGUUCCAUCUGUGGCCCUGAGGCAGGUCCUGCAGGACCCGUGUCCUGCAGCUGUGUCCCCUGGACGUCACCCCCAGCUGGCCACGCAGCCCCAGGCCCCCGGCGUCCUCACUGCCCCGGCAGACACUGCCUUUCCCCCCAAGUACCUGCUCAGGCUGCCUCAGGGUGAGGCCUGCCCCCCACCUCCCACCGCCCAGGGUCCCAGACGAGGCCAGGACCCUCUCUGCAGGAGAAGGUGGCCGGAGGAACAGCCCUCCGUUGUUGGGCCAGGGCUGGGGACCCGCCUGCCGCCCUGCCCAGCCACAGGCUUGGCCUCCGGUGGAGCAGACAUCUUCGAGGAGGAUCCCGGCUGGUCCGGGCACUGGGGCAGGAGAAAGGGGGUGCAGGGAGAGGAGAAGCCAGACUUGGAUGCCGACACCCCAGCAGCAGGGCCGUCCCCUGGCUCAUCCUCCGGUGCCUCCAGGGAGACGACCUCCUUCCUGCCCACCCCAGCGUGUGCCACCCAGAAGAGUGGGACCCCUGAGCCCCGACACCUCUGUGUGGGUAGCACUUCAGUGGGGGCCAGGCCCUCUGGGAGUGUCCUGAGUCCCUGUGCCCUCGGCAGGGAGUUGGGCGGACCUCCCGAGAAUGCCCCGGAAAACCCCCCCUCAGGGCCUCUGGCCGGGCUCAGUUCCUGCUGCUGCUUCCUCACGGCCCCCGCGUCCCCGGGCUGGCCCCAGCUGGCCUCGUGUACCCACUCAGAAACCCUGCGGAGCACCAGGGCCCAGGGCCCCUUCCCAUCCUUGAGGGCUGAGCCCCGCCUCACGUGGUGUUGCCUGAGCCGAAGCCUGCCUCUGCCCACAGAGCAGAAGGAAACGACCGCCUCUGUCUACUUGGCUCUGCACUUCCUCGGUGGCAGCACCCGGGACGAGGGUCCAGAUGCCCCGCCCCUGAGCAGGGCGGCGGUGGGAGGACGGACGAGGACGGCCCUGGGAGAAGGAGGGCAGGUGCGGACAGCAAAGCUCUUCUGCCCAGUGGCCUCAGGGAUGGUGUCCCAGGAGCGGGUGUCUGAGCCUGAGUGGAAGAAAGGACCGCCUUGGAGGAAGGCAAAGCUGUUUCGGGGGAGUGGCAAACAGAAGAGGCUGAGCGUCCGCGCCAGAAGGCGCAGAGGGGGUUUCUUACAGAGCCGCGUUCAGCUGAGAGGAGGCGGCCUGCACAGGCCACCCAGGGUGCUGAGGAAAGACCGCCACCUCCCCCCACUCGAGGGGCUGGGCCCACGCAGGACCCCCAGGAAGCCUUCUUCAGAAACGGCAGGUCCCCUGCAGCCCCCAGACGUUUUCCUGACGCUGCUGUACGUGACCGACGACGAACCCAAAGGUCUAAAUCUGCCAGGGGAGCCAUCUCGCACCGCCUCAGAAUCGCCUGUUUGUUGUGGGCACGGAGAGGAGGAGGAGGAUGUCUCCAGACCAGCUUCCGGAAGCUUCUCUCCCAACACCAGUUCGAGGGCCGGCAGUGAAAUGGACCAGAUUUCGGCAGCUCCCAGUGGGCGUGGUGACCGCUGCACGCAGAGCACUGCCUCCGGGUCGGGACCGUCUGAGCGCUCUGACUCCUGCGUGGCCAUGGCUACUGAUAGCUUUCUGUCUCAAGGCAGAGGUCCUGGCGUGGGAACGCUGGAGACACGCCCUCCGCCCACCCGGGAGCAAGUCUCGGUGGAUCUGAAACCGUCCAUUUUCUCAGAUACUCAAGAGCCUUCUUCCCUUGGGUCCAGAGGGACCCCUCUCCGCCAGGACGUUGCUCCCUGUCUGGCUGCCGUCUGUGCUCUGGGGGAGAGAGUAGGUCACACAACCCCGGGACCUCACAGUGCGGAGCCACAGGACCACAGAGCGGCAGGGGAGGCUCUGACGCAAAGUUCCCCAGAUAGAAAGGCUAUCGCCGUGGCCGUGUCGCCAUCAGUCUUGCCAGGGAAACCUUCAUGUGGGCAAAGAAGGUCAGGUUUGCUUCUGUUGGGGUCAACUGGAAAGACUCAUCUGGAAAUGCCAGCACCAGGUUCAGCUAGUUCAUACCAAGAGGAAGGAGAACACAAGACAUUUUUUCCCACUGGGGGACAGUAUGGGGGUGGGGAAAUGGUGGUCCCCUGCCCUCCUUUAGGAAAUGAGAGUGGGAAAUGUCAAGUCUCUGGAUUAACUUCCCUAAAGGAUUGUGUGGUUCCUUCUAAGCCAGGGCAGCCCAGAGAAUCCCCUGAAACCCCUUCGAAAACUGUCAAGAGGAGGGGCCUGGAAGGACUCAGGAAGCAGACGCGAGUGGAGGUCAGCGACACCAGCAGUGAUGACGAGGACCGGUUAGUGAUAGAGAUGUGAGGCUUCUGAUGUCUGCAGUCAGAGACCGCAUGCUGUCGGGCUGGCAGGAAGGCUGAACUCUAUUUCGCCAAGCACCUCCAUGUUAGGAGAGCCAUUGGGGGAUCUUUGCAAGACAUCCCCAGCCGGCUCCAGCCUCCCUUCCCCAGAUCCCCUGGCGGUACACCAGGCGCCAGGCAGGGCAGGGGUCGCAAUGGAGCAGAGCCUAAGAACGCCUGGCGCACGGUGACCGUGCUGGACUCCCAGCCGCGUCCUCUGCAUCGGCCCCCGCUGCCUCUUCCAGUCACGUGGCAUUAACCAGGAGAGCCACGGUCACAGUCGACUCGUUUACGUAUAAGUGAACCCAUAGAGUCGAGUCGGCCGACUUCCUCCAUCAGUAAGCUGAGGGUUUGCUUCAAAGGUGGUAAGCAUGCUUGGGUCACUGGGGUAGCUUGGCAGAGGAGGUGGGGUAUGACGUGGGCAUCAAGAUACUUCUGUUCACUCUAGAAACGAAAUCGAGAUGCAUUAAAAAACUGAAG